CCAGAGGGGGCGGGGCCGAGGCUACUGGAGCGGGAGGGGGGGAAGAAAAGGGAAUUCCAACCUGUGGAAACUUGGGGGUCCCCGAGGUCGGCUCCUUCCCCUUGACUGUGGAUGGUGCCAGGGAAAGAGCCUCUGGCGGCUCGUGGAGGGGGCAGUUUUGGGGUCCGCAGGGUGAGGGCGGAGGGGAGUGUCAGAGUGUGAGUGGGAUACGGGAGUUCCAAACUUAGAAUCUUGAGGCCCGCCGGGCUCCGGCGCCGGGGAGAGGGAGCUCGGGCCGCCAUGCGGGACAGGACCCACGAGCUGAGGCAGGGGGAUGACAGCUCGGACGAUGAAGACAAGGAGAGAGUCGCGCUGGUGGUACACCCGGGCACUGCACGGCUGGGGAGCCCGGACGAUGAAUUCUUCCAGAAGGUUCGGACAAUUCGGCAAACUAUUGUCAAGCUGGAGAAUAAAGUCCGAGAGUUGGAGAAGCAGCAGGUCACCAUUCUGGCCACGCCCCUUCCCGAGGAGAGCAUGAAGCAGGACCUGCAGAACCUGCGCGACGAGAUCAAACAGCUGGGGAGGGACAUCCGCGCGCAGCUGAAGGCCAUAGAGCCCCAGAAGGAGGAAGCUGAUGAGAACUAUAACUCGGUCAACACAAGAAUGAGAAAAACCCAGCACGGGGUCCUGUCCCAGCAAUUUGUGGAGCUCAUCAACAAGUGCAACUCAUUGCAGUCCGAAUACCGGGAGAAGAACGUGGAGCGGAUUCGGAGGCAGCUGAAGAUCACAAAUGCUGGAAUGGUGUCUGACGAGGAGCUGGAGCAGAUGCUGGACAGCGGGCAGAGCGAGGUGUUUGUGUCCAAUAUACUGAAGGACACACAGGUGACUCGACAGGCCCUAAAUGAGAUCUCGGCCCGGCACAGUGAGAUCCAGCAGCUUGAGCGCAGUAUCCGUGAACUUCAUGAGAUUUUCACUUUUCUGGCUACUGAAGUGGAGAUGCAGGGGGAGACGAUCAACAGAAUUGAGAAGAACAUUCUGAGCUCAGCAGACUAUGUGGAACGUGGGCAGGAACAUGUCAAGAUGGCCCUGGAGAGCCAGAAGAAGGCGCGGAAGAAGAAAGUCUUUAUUGCCAUCUGUUUGUCCGUCACUGUCCUCAUCCUGGUGGUCAUCAUUAGCGUCUCCACGUUGGUUUGAUAGCGCUGCAUAUUCUCGGUCACCGCUGCUGCUCCUGUAGCCCAGCCCGUCUGGUUGCAGUACCGCUCGCUUCGGCCACCAAGUAUGGGGUGCACACGCGGGUGCCGGGGCGAUGCGAGCGAUGAAGGGCUAGCUGUGUGGUCGUUGGUGCAGACUCGGACCCGCCCCUGGACCCGGGAUGGGGGAGGGGUCAGAGGGCGGGAUUGGGCCCCAGUGACGUGGGACAGGACCGCUCAGCCUCCAUCCGUGGCUGGGCGCCCGCCUGCAGCGCCUCCCUGUGGCCCUAGAAUGGCGGUUGCUCGGUGCCUGCGCCAGAUCCGAGGGUACACUUGGCCCCGAGUGUACGGGGUGUGGCUGAAGGGUAGCCCGGUCGCCACUUGGAAAACGACUGACUAGCGGACCUAAAUGUUGUUCCUGAAGAGCAUCAGGAUUGGUCCGUAGGGCGUCCUGAAGGAGUGAGCACCGGGUAUUAAACAGCAAUUAGAGGACGCUGAUGUGGGCGGGGCCUCAGAGCGACUCCUCAGUCGCACCCAAAAGCGAUUGGAUCACAGAGCUCAAGGGGCAUGAUCAAAACGCCAAAGGAGACGGAAGGCGGCUGGCCAGUGAGAGACUGGCAGGCGUGCGCCGGGAGUCAGAACCUCACGCGAGAAGGCGUGGCCGGGUUGCUCUCCCUAGCUGCUGGGACUUGCGGCUGGUCGAGUCUGGGAGGUUACCCACGCCUUCGUCCUGUCUGAGAUCCUGUGUCCUGUGUACAGAAGAAACUCUAGACGCCUACAGGAAGGAACCCCUCAUUUUCAGAAGCGUUCGAACACUAUGGAUGCCCACCCAAUGGGGAAACUGCGGAACCGGAUGGAUCCUGCCCCAGGGGAAGACUGAUUUGGACGCGGGGUCUCUGCGCUUCCCUGAUUCUCCAUUCUCCAUCUCUUCCCCUUGCGGCCUGCUUCUUCAGCAAAAUCCUGUCCUUUUGGUCGCCUUUGUCCAGUCCCCCAUUUUUCUGCCUUCAGAAUCAAACUGCACGACCCAUGGUACCUACUGGAAUCUGAUAGAGAUUGUCAAGCCGACGCGGAGACUGCCACAUCUACGCAGCUGGGUGUCCACGUGCAGCGUGUGUCUUCCACUUGGCCGUGCUGGACAGCGCCACCCUGAAAGGCUGCUUAACCGUCUCACCCAGGACGCCAUCCAGAACCUCCUGGAAGAGGUGGCUAGAUGGCCAAGCGAGGGCUCACAUGCCGGGCUCAACAAUUUGAACUUUUUCUGUGGGCUGUGGGGACCUAUAGAAGAUUUUUGAACAGGUGAGUGGCAAGUUUGGAGCAGACUUAGAAGACAAGUGCACCGGAGGUUUCACAGGCUUCCCUGCAUAUACCCCUUCCCUGUGGGAAACCGACCUGAGUGAGGGGCUAAGGGCAGGUUUUGCACUGAAAUCCUGGCUUGGCUGCUGUCAGCCCAGCUUUCAGGGAACAUGGCCUGUGUUAGUUGUGGCUUUUCCAAAUCAUGUUGUAUCACCUUUCACCUGCAAGCCCUCUCCACUUACUCCCUCACCCGCUGAAUAUUUCAUGCUUCAGAUUCUUAAGAAAAGGAACCUGACUGGUCUAGGUCAGGCUACAUUGACCUACCUAUGAAUUGUCUACCUUGAGUCAAGAUUUUACCCUUGAUCAAGAUGUAUGAGAGGUGCUACGUGGUACAAAACGCUGCAGCAGCGUGCAUAUGAAGCAAGAAUGGACGAGUUCAGUGAUUGAUGUCAGUUUGUGGUACAGCCCUGUGGUAGAUUAUUGUUCCAAAUAUAUGCUGUCCUUCCUACUGGGCCCCUCUCUUUAGGAGGAUUAUACAUUCAUGCCCCACUUACAGUGGGCUUGGCUAUGGCCAGUGGAAUAUGAGUAGAAAUGCAAAGUACCACUUCCAAAUAGAAGCUUUAAGCACCAAUGAGUAUUCUGAGAGCUUCCCUUCUCUUUUUCCUUGGCCAUGAAACUGUCAGUUGCCAGAUCAAGACUUCUUCAGCCUGGAACCCAGAAUUAACAGGACAUGAAGCUGAACUGUAGCCCACC